AUUCAGAAUGGCAGGAAAACUUACACUUUCACAGAAAAAGCAGUUACUGACAUACAUACAAGAAUACAAAAAGGAUUUCCGUUUGUUAUAUAGCUUUUCGAAGGACGGGGCAAAUUCUUCAACUUUCCAUCAACUCUGCAAUGACAGAGGACCAACUGUCACCAUCGUAUAUGACGUUGCAGGUACAAUUUAUGGCGGAUACACAGAGAAAAGCUGGUCGUCAUCAGGACAGUACGUAAAGGAUGAUCGUGCUUUUCUGUUUCGACUUCAACAAAACGGAAAGACAGAUCCUUCGAAGUUUGCUGUUAAGGUCCCCGAUAGAGCAAUAUAUUGCAAUGUAGGCUAUGGCCCGGUAUUUGGUGGCGGUUAUGAUCUGUGCACGUUUAGUGGAACAGUUACUGAAACAAAUGGCACUUACCCAACAAAUGCGAGUUAUAAGUUUGGUUAUUCGUACGACAUGGCAGGAAUUUCGGUUGAAGAGCUUACAAACAACAUCGUCACAUUCAGUGAAUUGGAGGUCUACAGCGUAACGGAUUCGGUGCUUGUGCCAGUUUGGAGGGAUAUAGGCGGCUGGGAACAUCAGGACCUGGACCAGCUAAAACAUGACAUCGAAAAUUGGUCCCCUCCUCAAGGGGUCGGUCUAAAAUCUGCAAACAUUCUUCUCCUCGGACCUUUUGGUGCCGGAAAGUCAAGUUUCUUCAACACGAUUGCUUCUUGCUUCCGUGGACAUACCACUGAACAGGCUAUGUGUGGCAGUGCAGAGUUAAGCAUUACAACAAAGUAUAAUAUGUAUCGGGUUCGAGGGUCUGCUAUUACGCAACCAAUGAAAUUCAAACUGUGUGACACACGUGGACUUGAAGAAAAUCAAGGUAUUGACGCCCAAGAGCUUGGUUACUUGAUAGACGGCAAUGUACCAAACGGAUACGAGUUUAACCCCUCCGUUCAAAUUUCGCCGGAAACACACGGAUUUGUUACGACCCCUACACCAAGCAAUAAGGUUCACUGCGUCUGCUUCGUCGUCGACGGGACUUCAGCUGCAGAUUUGUCUGCGAAAAUGGUAGUGAAAAUAAAAACUCUACAAGCAAAAGUCCGUCGGAAAGGUUUAUCGCAGGUAGUUAUCGUUACAAAGAUAGACAAGGUAUGUUUCCACGUUAAAGAAGAUGCAUCAACAGUAUUCCGGAGUGCUUCGGUCAAAGAACUUAUUGACAGUGUUGCAACGAUUUUCGGCAUUUCCAGAAACCAUGUUCUCCCUGUGAAAAACUACGAAAAAGAAAUCAAUACAAAAGAUACAAUAAGCAUUCUAGCACUGCGAGCGAUGCAGCAGAUUCUACGUGCAACUGAUGACUAUAUGUUAAAUCUUCUAGAUUCAUCUGAUGAUAAAAACAAUCACUCAGAUGAUUAACGUGCAGAAUAUCUAACCUGGCAAAAAAGCAAAAAGGAAAUAAUAUAAUGAAUAAGAACUUACACCCAAGUUCUAGGAUAAGAUCGACAUAUGUUCCAGAAAAUUAAAAGUUAACGCAUUCAAGAUAUACUCUUACACUCUUACUAUUAUAUUAUUCUUGCAGGAAUGCUGUUUUUCUAUUUGCAUGACUACAUAGAAAUUAUUAUCGAAUUUGAUUGAUAAGGGUCGAUGUCUCCAUUGAGAUUUCUAUUUUCUAUAUUUCUUUAUCUCACGUUUCACUAUCUCUAUAUCUCCAUUCAUCUUCUAUGUCUUACUAUCUCUAUAUCUAAAUCCAUAUUUCUAUGCCUUAAUUACUAUCUCUAUAUCUCCAUCCAUAUUUCUAUGCCUUACUUACUAUUUCUAUAUCACCAUCCAUAUUUAUAUGCCUUACUUACUAUCU